AUGUCUGUCUGGAGGUCAGCUUUAGGAGCCUGUUUUCGUCGUGCUCAUUGUAAGACUCGAAAAUCUACCGGAAGUAUGUUCCAGGUGUUAGCUCAUGAAUAUAAGCCUAGUCCAUGGCUACAAAAGACAUUUUUAUCACCCUGCAUCAAGUCAAUGAGAUUUUAUACGUCAUCGAAUCCUGAUAUUGAACUAUGUGUAGACAAGUACGAGUGUCUAAUGGACGAGGAUAUCGUUGUCAAGGUCACAGGACUGUAUCCAAGCAACAGAGUCAUAGUCCUAGCAACGACAGAACAUAAUGGAAAUCUAUUCUGGUCACACGGCUUGUUUCGCGCCAAUGGCUGUGGUGUUGUAGACCUGAGUACUGAUUCACCCAUCAGUGGCAGUUAUGACGAAGCUGAUCCUAGUGGCUUGAUUUGGAGCAUGGUGGCAGCACCAUGGUUACCAGCACACACGAGAAUGUUCCAACCCAGAGCUAUCAAACCUAGGAUAAUCACUUUCAGUGUAUUCCCAGAGUCUGAUAGUCCUUCUGACUACCUCAAAGACAAAACGAAAUUACUAGCAUCGAUUGAACACAAGAGAUGGUACAAAUCUUCCAACACAAGACGAAUUCCAAUCGACCAUCCACGACUACAAGGCACUGUUUUUCUACCGGAAGGCUGUCAUGAUGAUGGCAUCUUUAGAUAUCGCAUACAUUACGUAACCACAGGGCCUGGUCCAUUCCCGGGGGUCAUCGACAUGUACGGUGGUCUUGUGACGAUCGUGGAGGGACGGGCGGCUCUCCUCGCAUCCCAGGGCUUCGCCACGCUUUGCCUGUCUUACGUCCACGCGGAGGGUCUACCGCAGUCUCUACUACAUAUCGAACUCGGCUAUUUCGAGGUGAUUAUGACUCAGAACGUUACGAUACAUAUGCCUCUUGUUUCUUUUUCAAGGAUUGAGGAGACAGGAAUCCAACUCAAUGAGGAAGGUGUAUCUAUCAGGGACUUGUUCGUGGUCCCUGACAAAGCCUAUUUUAAGCCUUGGAUACACGGCGCCCACCUCCUAACAAUUCUGGGGAGCGAUGAUCUCAUGUUCGCUGUGGACCAUACUAUUCAUCUUUACAAGGAUAUGCCACAAAAUUAUUACAGUAAGAAGGCUACGCUUGUGAUAUAUCCCGGUGCAGGGCAUAUGAUAGAAACACCAAACACCCCCUUGACGCGAGUCUUAGAUGCAUUUGAUCAUUUACAGCAGGGGAUUAAUCUACAAAGUUGGAAACACGAACAAAAUAACCUCUUGCUCUGUGGAGGAUAUCCGAAGGAACACGCAGCGGCACAACGGGACGCCUGGCAACGAUCACUCAACUUCCUCAGGAAACAUCUGCGGUGA